AUGGAGGGGGUUAUCCCGAAGUGGUUGUCAUGGCAACAGAAGCAGCAGCAGCAGCAGGUCGGAAUGCCACCGAAGAGCGGAGGAAGGACGAGCGCACGUUGUGAUGGUUUGUUUUGCCUCGAUGUGCACAUUGCGGUAGAUGGCUCGGCGGAGAGGACUCAGCGCAGGACGCGGUGGACACCCGACCGGCCGUCUCCCGUCAUCAAGCAGGUGGCAGACAAGCAAAGGUGCGCUGCUAAGGAGCCGGAAAGACCUGGAAUCUGGCAAGCGCUGAGAAGAGGCUGGAACAGCAACAGACUGUCAGGGACUCGGUCCGGCCAACGCCCCACGGAGAUCCCCGUAGAUCCCCAUCGGGGGUCCUCUCCGAGCAGAAGAACCAGACCGGAAGAGGCCACUCGGAGAACGUGCGCUGAGGAUGUCCGACCUGACUCUGUUCGGCGAGGGGACUGCGGUUCAAAUGUUCCGCAUUUUGAUCCCCGCAGGGAGCCAAUCAGAGUAGAGACAUCUUUGCUACGUAGUCCUGAGGACCAGGUGCCGGAUCCCGCCGACAGAGCGAGCGGCGGAUCGCCUGCGACGGCCUCCUCCCAGCCGUUCAGGCGCCACAGCUUACAGCCGUCGCACAUCCAGACCACGUCUGCCCCGACCACUCUGGUCCCGUGCAACAAAGUGGGGUUCUCGUCCAUCACCAUCUCCAGCCGAAAAGUCGGCCGUUCGGCGAGUCUUACCGCGUCGGACAGGAGGGACGACUCUCUGCCGGCCGAAUCCAUGGACCCGAGGAAGGCCACCAUCGUUAAAGUGACUGAGCAGAGGACCACCGUCACCCACGUGGCCGGGAGCCCCAAAAGAAAGGCCGCAAUUAUCAAAGUGACCGAGCAUAAGGAGACCUACGGUCCGGGGACUCGGUACUGGAACAGGAACGCCAAGCAAAACGGGACCUGGGAGCGCCCGGAUCUCGAGGCUGUAACAACAGAUCCGGUUCCAAAUGGCGACCUCGCCCCCGGUGAAGUUCCCGAGAGGCCGGCUGUCAGGAAAUGGAGCUUGGGGCUCCCCCGGGAGAACCUCCCGGCGGCGACACCGGAGAAAGACCACCAGGAGCCGCUCGCUGGCAGGUGGAGCUCGACUCCGUGCCUCACCCUCAUUCAAACUCCAGACCCUGAGCAGUCCCCGGAGGAGGUCCUGGCGCUAAAUGCGGCCGCCAUCAUCGCAAACAUCAAACUCCAAAGGCAGCUGAGCAAGAAGAAGGCACUUUCGGAGGGGGGAUCCGCCGCCGCCGCCGCCCCGCAGGGAAAUACGGCGGCGGCGGCGGCGGCGGCGGACGAGGGGCAACGGGCUGAGGUGAACUGUGACCUUCCGGACCGGGACCACCCUCGGGCGGAACCCGCCCCGCCCGCUCCUGACCUUCAAACGUCACCUCAGGCGCUUUCGCUCCAGGAAGCUCUGCAGAGGGCCAGACCGGGCUUCAUCGCUCGCUCCCAGGAACGCGUGCAGAAGGUGGAGCGGCGGGCGCGGGAGAGGAGGGGCCGCCUCGGAGCAGGAGGCCCGCCAACGGACGCUCCACGCCGCAACGAUAAUCUGUUGAAAUCCAAAGAGGGAGGCAAACGCUUCAUUUCCAACCGGUGA